AUGGAAAACGAACUUGAGCAUCUGAACUGGAACAUCAAGCAUGCCUUGUCGCAGCUUGAAGGUCCCUUGUCGGAGGAGCUCAAUGCCUGUCUUGAAGUGUCACCAACGUCGCUGAACUCGUCUCCUUUAGUUUACCAGAAGCUUUUGGAGACAGUGCAGGUGCUGGACAAGCUUCUCGUCACCCUAACCCCCCCGAAUAUGACUCUGAUGGAUGGCAUCUUCGCAUUUACCAACAGCAAGGUCCUGCUGUCUGCGACCGAAUAUGCAUUGGCAGAUCACGUCCAGAAGCUACAACCCUGCAGCAUUUCGGAGCUCGCUCAAGCCUCCGGGUUGCAUGAACAAGGUCUCUCGCAGAUAGUUCGGUAUCUUCGUGAGAUGGGGUACUUUUCACAAGACCCCGAAACCGGCCGGCUGUCGAACAAUCGCCUCUCCGACCUCCUUCGCAAAGAUCACUGGACCGGCUGGAUCAAUUGGGUUGAUUUUUUCCCUCGCGAAUACUACGAUCUUCUCUCCCGUCUCCCUGACCAGUUGAGAAGCGAUCAGCCAAAGACCGCCACAGAGCUCUUUUACAACACCGACAAGCCCAUUUACCAGUAUCUAGCCGAAACAGGUCGGGCUGCUGGCUUCCACAAAGUCACCGGUACAGGCAGCGUUGUUGAGGCCCCUGGGUUGCUAGCCGACUAUCCAUGGGACGAAGUGAAAUCGGAGACGGUGGUCGACAUCGGGGCCGGAGCAGGAGACUUUAUUCGGUCCUACUUGGAGAAGUAUCCCGACGCCACGGCCGCUGCAUUCGAGCUUCCUUCAACUGCCGAAAUCCUCAGGCAGAGGUUUCCCGCUGAUGACCCUCUGACCGGUAGAAUCGUCUCGAUCACCGGGGGAGACUUCUUUCAGGACCCCCUUCCCAAAUCAUCCGUCUACCUUCUCCGAUGGAUUUUGCAUAAUUGGGGCGAUGAGGAUUGUGUCAAGCUGCUUCGGCGGCUCCGCGAGACUAUCGUCAUCAAGUCAGGAGUCAGUCGCGUCUUGAUUGUGGAGUCGGUUUUGUUCGAUGGCCGCUUGGGACGGGGGGCUCGGUACGCCGAUAUCCGCAUGUUGGUGAGAUGCCGAAACAAGGAGCGCACGCUGGAGGAAUACCGAAGACUGGCGGAGGAGGCUGGGUGGCAGUUGAACCGGGUGAUCACGCCCCGCGGGUGUCUCACUCAAGUCAUGGAGCUGCGCCCUACAGUCUCUAUAAUGAUGGAGAGAAACUGGAGUCUGGGAGAAUCGUGUAUGGGCAUUAUCGCGUUCCUGGCCUUGAGCAUUCAUCUUGACCGCCAGCUGCAAGGGAAUUGGAACCGGUUUGAUACGGCUAUUGACGCUGUUCACUCACCCUCGUCUAAAUAA